AUGGUGGGCGAGGAUGCGGGCGAGUGUGCCGCUUUCACGGCGAGGUUGGAUGGAGGCGAGCCCAAGCAGGCGGAUGAAAAUAUCGUAGGAGAGUAUCACUGCGAGGAGCAAAAGGAAAAAGAAGCUAUGAUGAAGAAUUAUCACCAUCCAAUGAGGCAAUGGUUCCGUCAGCGACCCCAUCUUGAGGCCAAGUACGGCGUUUUCCCCUUAUUUUGGCAGGAGCUUAAAACGUGGGAACCGUAUCGGGAGGUGCUCGAAGCUUUCAUCAACUUUACGGAUCGUGGAGAUGACGCCAAAAAUACUCGGAAGAACGAUGAUGCCGCUGAUAUAGAUGAAGUAGGGGGGAAAGAUGCAAUCGAAGCAUCAGAGCAGUCAAAGAAGCCAAAGAAGCGCCGCAAGAGUCGAUGGGGAGAUCCUGUGGAUUCUGCGGCUGAAAACAAUGGUGAGAAGAAGAAAAAAUCACGGUGGGCACCGACUUCCAGCACAUCUUCAGCAAUGGGUGGUUUGCUAGCUCAGAACCAGCAGCAAAUGAUUUUACUACGUGCGCAGCUUGAAAGGAUCAGUCAGAAGCUAAGAACGGUGGCGAUGGACGCAGCAUUAAUCGAAAAAGAUCCAAAACGAUCGCCAUCACCUCCACCGCAAUAUGAUUCAAACGGGAAGCGUACGAACACACGCGAAGUUCGUAUGAGGGUCGAGUUGGAAAAAUGCCGGCGCGAAACGAUUGAUGAGCUCGUGAAAAUUAAUCCGCUUUUUCAGCCGCCAGCGGACUACACACGUCAGAAACUUCACCGUAAGAUUUAUAUUCCUAUUCGAGAGUUCCCGUCCUACAAUUUCAUCGGUCUUAUUAUCGGUCCACGUGGUAACACACAAAAGCGAAUGGAGCGAGAAACGAACUGCAAGAUCGCUAUCCGUGGCAAAGGGUCGGUCAAAGAAGGUAGCAAAGGCAAAAAGAUGCUUGCUGAUGAGAACGAUGAUCUUCAUGUACUUAUCAUGGGCGACCGCGAGGAUGAAAUCGAAAGGGCGGCUAAGGAAGUGCAAAGUUUACUUGUACCGGUUGAUGAUACAAAGAACUCCCACAAGCAAAAGCAACUGCGGGAAUUGGCUUUAAUAAACGGUACACUUCGCGAUGCUGACUAUUGUCAUAUUUGUGGCGAAAAGGGUCAUCGACAGUGGGAGUGCCCCAAUCGAGAUGCUCAACGUACCUUUACGGCUGCCAGCAUUAAGUGUGCCAUUUGUGGUGAUUCUAGUCACCCGACACGCGAUUGUACUCAAAAGCAGAAGUCUGCAGAGGAAAACGCUGCCAUAGACAAAGAAUAUCAGCAGUUUAUGCAGCAGCUCGGCGAAGCACCUGUCGCGACAACUGCUACAAAGACUUCCGAAGCAGCUGCAGCUGGCGCUGCAGCCCCGUGGCUGCAACCGGUAAAGACUUCUUCGAGUGCUUCAUCGCAGAACUGGAUGAUGCAACAGUCCAUAGGUGCACCAGGUACAGCAAUCGCGCCAGGUGUGCAAGCUGGUAUAACCGGUUUGGGCUCCACCCCAGCUACGGCAUUUCCGCCACCCAUGGCUCCAUCGGCUGGAUACGAUUAUCGACCACAGGGUCAAAAUUGGGGACAACAAGGAUGGAAUAGUGGGUAUAAUCCGUAUUACGGAUCGUGGGAACAAAGCGGUCAGAAUGCGGCCUACCAGGGGUAUGGCCAUUAUGGUCAAGUAACAAGUGUUACGAAUGCGAGUGCGAGUGCAAGUGGUGAGGCAACCGAGGCUAACAUGGCGGGACGAUAUCAGUAUCCUUUCAACGGAAAUCCGUCACAGUAA